UCGCCCCCAAACCCUACUCCUCCUGCCCUCGCGCCGCCGCACCCCGCACCAACCAGCGCCCAGCCGCCGCCGGAGAAGGAGACGGAGCAGCCGCAGCCAUGGGUCGCGUCCGCACCAAGACCGUGAAGAAGACCUCCCGCCAGGUCAUCGAGAAGUACUACUCUCGGAUGACCCUCGACUUCCACACCAACAAGAAGGUGCUCGAGGAGGUCUCCAUCCUCCAGUCGAAGCGCCUCCGCAACAAGGUGGCCGGCUUCACCACCCAUCUGAUGCGCCGCAUCCAGCGCGGCCCCGUGCGCGGCAUCUCCCUCAAGCUGCAGGAGGAGGAGCGUGAGCGCCGCAUGGACUUCGUGCCGGAGAAGUCGGCGCUCGAGGUCGACGAGAUCCGCGUCGACAAGGAGACCAUGGACAUGUUGGCGUUCCUCGGCAUGGCCGACCUCCCCGGCGUUGAGCGCGCCCCCGAGGCCACCUCUGCCGCUGCCCCCUACCGCCAGCCCUUCAACGGACCCCGCGGUGGCAAUCGCGCCUAGGUUCCUCCGCAUCGUCGUCGUCGUACCCCUAUCAUCUUUACAUGUUUUAUUAUUAGAUCUGUUACUUGUGGCAAGUGAUGUUUUGAACUCAGAGCUUAAGUUCGAGGUAUUUUGAUCUGCGUAUGGUGAACAUGAUCUGUUUAUCUCAUCGUUUAUCUGAAGUGAUUCGAUAUAUUACUGUUGAGCUUUGAA